CCCAAGGGUCGUUAUCAGUGAAAUAACGGAUUGGAGUACUGUAUUCUAUUCUAUUUCUAGAAAAGCAUACAGAAUGGCCAAGAACGAGAUAUCUAGCUUUAUCGCUCGCGCCGACGCCGAUAUAUCUCGCGUUAUCGUUCAUAUCGCCGCCGAUAGCAUCGCACACAGAUUCAGAUGUAGGAUACCCAAUGCCGCCGCCACCGACGCCGAUGACGACCCUAACCCCAACCCCGACAUAUCUUCCUCUAUCGUUCCCCCUGUUCCUCUCACCGAAGAAGAAAUAGAUCGCCUCGCUGCUCUCGUCCAGCCAAUAAUUCAGAAAAUGGGCAUAGUUAUAGCCUGUUGCAUUGGCCUCAGAUGGAUAAUAAGCGGCGACUUGUUCAAGGUCUUACCCAUGCUCAAGGGGAUGUGCGACUUAGCAGUAUAUUCCAUUGCUGUUCAGCUGGAGCAACCAAAACCUAUAGAGAGGUGCCUUAGUUUAUCUAAAUAUUCAAGAACUCCGUAUCUCAAGGGUCUUAAAGUCAUUUUAGAAACCGACACGGGCUGUAGACAGGAAGUAGAGCACCAUCUAGAAGGCACAUCUAGAGCUGUUGUUGCAAGCAGUACAUCUACUGUUGAUGAUCGACCCCAAGCGAUGUGAAUGGGGAGGGGAGUCUUUCUCCUUGCUGACGAAUAGUACAUGGUGAGAUACAUGCUUCCCUCGGUCUUCACGUUCUGUCUGUCGAUGAAGCAUAUAUAAAGUGCAAAAGGGAAAAAUACAUUACAAAAGGUUUCAUUUGUGUUGACAACUAAAUAACCAAUCAUGUAUAGUUUUUUUUUUUUUUGACAAUAAACCAAUCAUGUAUAGUUGUUUAUAGACAAAAUUACACUUGAGGUCCUUUAUCUUAUUUAUUUGUAAACAGAUUAGUCCUUUAUCUUUUUUUUGUUACAUACAAGUCCUUUAUCUUUAUAAAUUGUCA